UUCCAUGUUUGUGUUGUGUUUAGCUGGGCAGUAAAGUAGGUAGCGUGUCUCAUCUCCCUGUGCAACAGUGUACACCUGGCAACACCAAUGCUACUUCGGAAACCCGCAUACUCCCUCUGCUGGCACACUAUUUUCACACCUUUGUUUUAGUGGCUAAAACUUUAGUGGCGGUUUGGAUUUGCGCCCUAACUUCACUUCAACACUUUUGGGGAAUGUUUGGAGGAAAUCUGUGAAAGAACUCCCGAGAGCAACAGCGCAUGCGCAGUGCUAAGCGAGUCGCCUUGGGAAGUCUUGUUUCUGAGCACCUGAUUCAACACUGACGAAUGUAACUGAGCGUAGCUGAAAUCACUCAGUCUUUACCAUGAUCUCAGCAACUGACCUGGAACAGCUGGCCGAGAUAGAGCUGCAGAAGGAAGAGGAGGAUCAGGGGCAAUUGUGCCCCUUUCCGCUGCCUAGUGGCAACGCUUGUCAAGACGCAUCACAUCCCUAUUAUGAUGUAGCAAGGCACGGCAUCCUACAAGUUACAGGUGAUGAUAAUUAUGGCAGAAAGCUGAUCAUCUUUAGCAGUUGCUGCAUGCCCCCGUCACAUCAGCUCAAUCACCAUCGACUGCUGGAGUAUAUGAAGUAUACGUUGGACCAGUAUGUUGAGAGUGACUACACAGUAGUUUACUUUCACUAUGGUUUGCGCAGCAUCAACAAACCCUCCCUGAGCUGGCUCCGAAACGCCUACAGGGAAUUUGACAGAAAAUACAAGAAGAAUCUUAAAGCCCUCUAUGUUGUCCACCCCACAAAUUUUAUCCGGAUCCUCUGGAACGUUUUCAAACCUCUUAUAAGCCACAAGUUUGGUAAGAAGUUAACCUAUGUGAACUAUCUGGCAGAGCUAAGAGAACACGUCAACUACGAGCAGCUCAUCAUCCCACAAGCUGUAUUAAGGCAUGAUGACGAGCUCCGUGUUGCUCUGAAAGGAGGAUCAGCUCUUCCAGCGAAGACUCCGCCCCCUAGACCUCCUCUGCCCACACAGCAGUUUGGCGUGAGCUUACAGUACAUUCGAGAGAGAAACAAUGGUGCAUUGAUUCCUUCUGUGAUGUCUCAAACUGUGUCCUACCUCAAACAGAACGGCCUAAAAACAGAAGGGAUCUUCCGAAGGUCAGUCAGAGUGCAGCUCAUCAAGGACAUCCAGAAACUCUAUAACCAGGGCAAGCCAGUUAGCUUUGAGCAGUACUCUGAUGUUCAUGUUCCUGCUGUGAUCUUGAAGACGUUUCUCCGGGAGCUGCCCGAGCCUCUACUCACCUUCACGUUAUAUAACCAGAUACAGGAUCUUACCACGGUGGAGAGCAGCUUGCGUGUCUCAAGGUGCAAGAGGAUUGUGGAGUCGCUUCCAGAGUACAACUUCAUCGUGGUCAAGUACCUCAUCUGUUUCCUGCAUAUGGUAUCUCAAGAGAGCAUCUUUAAUAAGAUGAGCUCCUCUAACCUGGCCUGUGUGUUUGGGGUGAACCUGGUGUGGCCUCGUCACGGCGGUGUGUCUCUGAGCGCCAUCGCACCGCUCAACAUUUUCACAGAGCUACUCAUCGAGCACUACGACGCCAUCUUUAGCUCCCACUGCCCUCCACAGCAGGUACUGCCCUGACUGCUCCACACCCUCCUACAGAGUGCGUCACACACUACUACUACUACUACUACAGCUCACAGCAGGAAGCCGAACAUCUGGCCUUGUUAUUAUCACUCGUACCACCGAUGAAGUAUCGACUCUCAGUGACCUGUGAAGUCAUGGGGCAAAAAACGUACACACUGUGUAAGCUUAGUGUACUGUGGACUAAAACACUAAGGCUGCGUAUUGUGUGUGAUACUUUAACACUAAAACACACAGAAGGGUUUUUUUUUUUAUUUUUUAUUUUUUAUGGUGAAUGUAUUUACGUCUGAGGGUCUCACAAGUCAGGUUUAGCAAACACACAGAGUUGUGUUACCACCGAUCUCUUUGGAUGUAUUAUACACGAAAAUGUUAAGAGACAUACUUCUACAGGGACAGCACACGUUAUGUUAAUGCCAUAUACGUUCCCUCUAUGCAUAUUCCUUCUAAAUAGCAUUAAUCAUAGUAUUGAUGUGAGGUAUAUGCGGCUCAAAAUGUCCUUUUUUUUUUUUUUUUUACGUACACACACACACGCGUCUUUAGCCAUGAACCCAGGACCACAUUGACUGUGUAAACACACAAAUCAAAGCAAAUUUCCAAAUUACAACUGCACUCAAGAUUGCCAUGGCAACCGUUCACCGGAGGCAGCAGAGAUCAUCUUGAAGGCGAAGGCGUGAAUCGUAUCAGCAUCGAACUGCGAUGAAAUAACACUAUUCCAGUUUUAUGCUUCACUGGACUUUUUAUUACAUUUUACAUUCCACUAAUGAGCUAUGUAGACCUGAUGUGUGUGUGACCCGAUGCCAGAUAAUCACUGUAUGAUAGCUGGCUGCUCAGUACUGAUCUUUAUUAUUCUCAUCCUUCAACAUUUAGUUCAUUAUUCUAACACCCUCUGCAUAUCUAGCACACACACUCGGGGUAAAAGUGCAACGAUGUGUCUAUACUGAGGUCAACGAUUCUUUAAAACCCUCCUGGAGCCACACACACACUGUUAUUUUCAGAUAUCAGGCAGAAUUUGAUGCUUAACAAGAAAAAGUGAAGUUUGUCUACAUGUAGGAUUUGUUACCAGGCUUAGUGCAAUUAGCAAUGGAAUUUAAUGGAAUCUAAUUCAAAUGUAGCUUAUCUGUAUACAUUUUUGUCUGGUUUUAUACUAAAUGAAUAUACCUGUACUAUUCUCUGAAUUGGCAAUGUUUUUAAUAAUGUGGGAUGUGUUGGGAGAUUUUUAUAGAUAAAGUCAAGAAAAUGAGGAAUACUUAAUGAAGUUUCUGAUAACAAAUACUCAUUUUAUACGCACGUUGUCCACGUCCAAAGAUGAUGUAAAUGUUCCUGCUUUGCGUGUGAACUUGAUGAAAAGGACCGGAGCGUCUCAGUCACAUGCUUUAAAAAGUGUGAAUGUGUUACACACACACACACACACACACACACAGAGCCUACAACACACUUAACAAGACUCUUGUUGAAUUUUCUCCAAUGUUUAUUAUUGAUUCAGUUUUCAAUAAGAACUUGGUACAAAAAAGUGUGACUACUCUUUACCAUUUACCAACUUCCAUCGAUCAACUUUGAAUGCAUCAUAAAGAAGAAAAAACUACAUUGGCAUAUGUAAGACAAACACUUUCCUAUACAUACUAUCCACUGGACAGUCCCCUUUCAUAACGACAAAGAAAUACCACUACUCUGACAGUCCGAAGACCUCCAUCUAACAGUAGCCUUGUUGCCUUUUCCAUUCCAGUAUUAUUUUUGCUACUUUUUCCCUCAUAGCAUACGGACACAUCACACAUUGCAAGCUAAAUGCAUAAUUGGCAAACAAUAAAAAAUUGUCGUGUUC